AGCUGCUGUCAGACCUGCAGACCUGCGUGGUGCCUGAAGCCUUCCUGCUCUUUACCAACAGGGACAACAUCCGCAGCAUCUCUCUGGGUACAAACAGUAACGACGUGGCGAUCCCUCUGAGCGGCGUCAAAGAGGCGUCCGCUCUCGACUUCGACGUGUCAGAGAGGAGGAUUUAUUGGACGGACAUUCAGGCCAAGACGAUCAGCCGGGCGUACAUGAACGGCAGCUCUGUGGAGCACGUCAUAGAGUUUGGACUCGACUACCCAGAAGGCAUGGCGGUCGACUGGAUGGGUCGCAACAUCUACUGGGCCGACACGGGCACGAACCGCAUCGAGGUGGCCCGGCUGGACGGUCAGCAUCGACAGGUUCUGGUCUGCAAGGACCUGGAUAACCCUCGCUCGCUGGACAACCCUCGCUCCCUGGCUCUGGACCCCGCCAACGGAUUCAUGUACUGGACCGAGUGGGGGGGUCGGCCUCGCAUCGCCCGGGCCUACAUGGACGGCAGCACCACAAACACCCUGGUGGACAAAGUGGGCCGGGCCAACGGACUGACCAUCGACUACGUAGACCACCGACUGUACUGGACCGACCUGGACACGUGCAUGAUCGAGAGCACCAACAUGCAAGGCCUGCAGAGGGAGAUCAUCGUGGACGACCUGCCUCACCUCGGUCUCACUCAGUACCGAGACUUCAUCUACUGGACCGACUUCAACCUGCGCAGCAUCGAGCGUGCGGACAAGCGCAGCGGACUCAACCGCACUGUGGUGCUGCAGGGCCAGCUGGAGCUCAUGCUCGACAUUCUCGUGUUCCACUCGUCCCGUCAGGAGGGAACCAACGAGUGUUCCCAUAGCAACGGAAACUGCGCCCACCUGUGCCUGGCCACGCCCGCUGGCGCUCAGUGCCGCUGCGCCUCCCACUACACUCUGAACUCGGACGGACGAAACUGCAGCUCUCCCUCCAGCUUCCUGCUCUUCAGCCAGAAGGCGAGUAUCAGCCGGAUGGUUCUGGGCGAGCAGAGUCCUGACAUCAUCCUGCCCAUCCACGUCCUGAGGAACGUCCGCGCCGUCAACUACGACCCGCUGGACCGGCUGGUGUACUGGCUGGACGGCCGGCAGAACAUCCGCCGGGCGAGAGACGACGGCGCCAUGUCCUCCAUGAUCGUCAGCAGCAGCGUUCAGGACAACCAGCUCCACGACCUCAGCCUGGACCUACAGCGCCAUCUUUACUGGACCUGUGAGACCACCAACACCAUCAACGUGCAGCGCAUGGACGGACACACAGUGGGCGUGGUCCUGAAGGACGACACGGACAAACCGCGAGCCAUCGUGGUCAACGCCGAGAAAGGGUACUUGUACUUCACCACGGUUCAGGAGCGCUCGGCUAAGAUCGAGGGAGCGAGUCUGGACGGACGGAGAGAGAGUCUCUGUUCACCAGGACUCAUCCGACCCGUCGCCCUCGCUCUCGACAACAAACUGGGGAAACUGUUCUGGGUGGACGGAGACCUCAAACGCAUCGAGAGCAGCGACCUGACAGGAGCCAAUCGCAUCGUCCUCCAGGACUCCAACAUCCUGCAGCCGAUGGGUCUGACCAUCCUGGGAGAUCACCUGUACUGGAUCGACCGGCAGCAGCAGAUGAUCGAGAGGGUGGACAAACUGACUGGGGACGGACGCACGCGCAUCCAGGGACGGAUCUCAUACCUGACCUCCGUCCAGGCUGUGGACGAGAUGGAUCCUCAGGAGUUCGCAUCACAUCCUUGUUCCCGUGACAACGGCGGCUGCUCUCACAUCUGCAUCGCCAAAGGAGACGGCACGCCUCGAUGCAGCUGUCCCAUGCACCUGGUGUUACUGCAGGACCUGCUGCACUGUGGAGAGCCUCCCACCUGCUCCACAGAGCAGUUCACCUGCACCACGGGCGAGAUCGACUGCAUCCCCAUGGCGUGGCGCUGUGACGGUUUCGCUGAAUGUGAUGACAGCAGCGACGAGGAGAACUGUCCCGUCUGCUCGGCGUUUCAGUUCCAGUGUGAUAAAGGCGGCUGCAUCGAGGCUCAGCGCCGCUGCAACGGAGAACCCGACUGUGCCGACCACUCAGACGAGCAGGACUGUGAGACCAUCUGUCCUCCCAAUCAGUUCCGCUGUGGAGACAAUCAGUGCAUCACCAAGAAACAGCAGUGUGACAACUACUCCGACUGUCCUGACGGCUCCGAUGAGCUCGCCUGCGAGUUUGUGUCUCCUCCAUCCAGCGGCAUCCCGAACACCGGUCCAAACACCGUCGGCCCCGUCAUCGCCAUCAUCCUGCUCGUCUUUGUGAUAGGCGGGGCUUAUUUUGUGUGCCAGCGGGUGGUGUGUCGACGCUACAAGGGCCCCAGUGGGACUUUUCCUCACGAGUACAUCAGUGGAACGCCGCACGUUCCCCUCAACUUCAUCGCCCCGAGCAGCUCGCAGCACGGCACCUUCCAAGGUAUUUCCUGUGGGAAGUCCAUGAUGAGCUCGGUCAGCCUGAUGGGCAGCAGCAGCAGCGGAGCGCCGCUCUACGACAGGAACCAUGUGACCGGAGCCUCGUCCAGCAGCUCCUCAUCAACCAAGGGAGCCUUCUACCCUCAGAUCCUGAACCCUCCUCCGUCCCCGGCCACAGACCGCUCUCUCUACAACGCAGAGAUCUUCUACUCCUCCAACAGUCCCUCCACCACCAGAUCAUACAGACCGUAUCAUCCCGUCAGAGGAGCAGCCCCGCCCACAACGCCCUGCAGCACGGACGUCUGCGACAGCGACUACACCCCCCACCACCUGCCGGCCGGGCUGGCAUCGUCGGCGGGCCGCUGGAAGGCUGUGGGCCACGGGGGCCACGGCAAGCACAACAAGUACUACAUGGACCUCAAUUCAGACUCGGACCCGUACCCUCCACCCCCCACCCCCCGCUCACAGUACCUGUCAGCCGAGGAGAGCUGCCCCCCCUCCCCCUCUACCGAGCGCUCGUACUUCCACCUGUGCCCUCCUCCGCCCUCACCCUGCACCGACUCCUCGUGACCCUCCAACGGCCCCAGAGUCCUGUGAAGAGGGCCGGAGGGGCAGGGGGGGCGGGGUCUGGUCCGGCUCGUGCCAACAAUCAGCUCGGACUGACUCAGACCUGCUGGUCCAGCUCCCGUGCCACAGGUCCCACACCUGUCUCAUCAUUCCAGUCGUCCUACAGCUCUCAGGGUGACCUUCAUCACAUCAGUCUGUCGCCAGGUGUUCACUCAGGUGUUCACCCAGGUGUUCACCCAGGUGUUGUUCACUCUCACAGAACGGAGAGGACGAGUGAGCACAGCCAGCUGCUCCCUCUUUAACCUUCAUUCCUUCCUCUGCUGGGCCACCAAUCUGUCCAAUCCCGAGCCAGAAUCCUUCCCUCUGAACUCCUUGACAUGUUCAUGAACUCAGACUGAGCGGUGUGUGUUGAUGUGUGCCGACGGUUCGUCCCAUCCUUCCUCGCUGCGUCCUUGUUGGCAGGACUGUACAUAGUGUUAAGAUAAUGAAGAGAAAGAAUCAGAGAGGAAUUAUUUUAGUGUUUGUUCACGCUGGCUGAUCCUCCGCUCCUCACAAACAGAGGACGUGUGGGCGGUGGAGCGAGGAGCGAGCCGUGGAGGUUUCACUUGAUGUAGGACAUUAGAUGAAUUCUCAGACGAUGACUGAAUGAAUGUCAAUGAAUAAAUGAAUGAAUGAAUGAGUGGGGGGAAAAGGGCCACGAUCAAAGCAAGGCGGGGCUGAAAAUAUGAUCACAAUAUUUUUUCUAUAAUGAUCAAUAUUGAUAUUUAUCUCAAUGUAAUGAUUUGAUAAUGCUGCCAGUUUGAAGAGUAUCCCGGGACGGUGGGCGCCUGAAGAAACCACUUUCACUAAGAAUGAACAAAAACAACGGGUGCCUCACUUUUGAUCACAGGCUUCCUAAGGCUGUGUUUUAUCUUAAAGAUCAUGAAAACAGAUUUAAAAACCACAGAAGGAGGCUGUGUCAGAGGAGAAAUUCUGGGUUUGUCAAACACUUGUUAGAAAACACAGUAAGGGGCUGAGAGCCAAGCUGCUGCUAAUGAUGUUUGCUCAGUCAUAAGGUUAAAAUCCCUUAGUGUUCCUAGCUCACAAGGUUGAUUGUUAGCGACAAUAUCAGCAGGAGUGUCAAAAACAAACAGAGCCAGUGAUAAAAGAUAAAAGCCAGUAAAACCUUGAUAAAGCUACGUUUUGUUUUCCAAAUGCAUUCUGGCAAAGCUCAAAGGGCUGCCGGCCGAGCUGCAGCUAACGUCAGCUGUUUCUCUGAUAGCUUAAGACCCUUUGAUGACUAAAAUCCUUCAUUCAAUUAGAAUGUAAAGUGAAGAAAAAAAAUGCUAAAUCAAACUGUUCCAUCUAAAAGAGUCUGUCUGCCCGACCCUUUUUUGCGGACACAGCAGGAGGCCGAGAGUCAAGCUGCUGCAAAUGACAAUAGCUCCGUUUUAUGGUUAAGGUUUCUUCAUUGAGGUUUUUACCUUUAGCCGAAUUGUCCGAGGAAGUGUCCUCCUGUCCAAAACAAAUAGAACCAGUUUUAAAAGCCAGUAAAAGUCUGAUAAAUCAAUUUCAAGUUAAAAAUCAGUGUUUUUUAAAUGCAUUCUGGCAAGGCACUCCGGGCUGCCAUCUGAGCUACAGCUAACAUUGGUUCAGCUUGUUAAUCUGAAAACUUUUAAUGACUAAAAUCCUUCAUUCAAUUAGAAGCUAAAGUAUAAGAAACUCUAAAUGAAACUGUUUCUGCCUCUAAAAAAAUGGUGUUGUGCAACCCAUUUUUGCGGACACAGCAGGAGUCCGAGAGCCAAGCUACUGCAAAUAACAUUAGCUCAGUUUUAUGGUUAAGGUUUCUUCAUUGAUGUUUUUACUUUUAGCUGAAUUGUCCGAGGAAGUGUCCUCCAAACAGCCAGUUAUAAAAGCCAGAAAAAGUCUAGUAAAUCAGUGUCAUUUUUUUUAAUGGUCUUUUUUUGUGGACCGCUAGCCGAGCUGCACUUAACUUUAGCUCAGCUUGUUUCUCUGAUGGUUUCAGACUCCUUCAUCCAGUUAAAAAACUUACGCACUGCAAAAAAAAGAUCCUCUAUAAAUGUUUCGCUGUCCGAUGUGCGAGCUUAAAACCUGCACAUUGAUUGGCUGUUGUUGCAUUCACUUCCACUGUGACGGGAAUUCAGAUGUUUCUCUAUUCAGUAAAAAUAUCCUCAUGAAAUUAAUCACGAUUCUGUAUGGAAAACGUUUUAGCACCCGCGCCCCAAACAAAGAGAAGUUUUUUUUUUUUUUUUAAAGUGCCCCUCACAUUUCAAACUGGGAUUUCUUCUGUGGUUAAAUGUUGAACCUUAUGAGGUGGUCGAGCUUUCCAACACGAACACGUCUCCUAACAUACCAAAUGACUUGUAAAGCUAUUGUACAUACGUGUAAUGAAGUCAGUGAUCUGAAUCUGAACCUCUUCCAUCAUUCACCUUCGUCUUCCCGUUUACCAAAAGUCUGUUUGCUGCUAUCGUGUACAUACUCUAUGACGAUUACACAGAGAGACCCAAAUGACCACGUUCAUACUGACCAUAGAUCAUGAAGCUAUUUUACACUUAACAGAUUAUUCUUAUAGCGACUUUUUUGUAUUUCUGUUUGUGUGUAGACCAUUUUGUGUGUUUCUGUGUCAUGUUUGUAGGUUUGAAGGAGUUUGUAAGAAAUGGGUUUAAAGAGUUCCCGCCGAGACGUUCCCACGCUGUCCCUAAUUUUCAGAUAUUUCCUCAACAGAAAAAAAAAAGCUGGAGAAGAUUAAACUCAUUAAUCUUUAUUUGUAAAGCGCCAAUUCAUAACAAGAGUUACCUCGAGACUUAAAGAUCAGACGUGAUAAUAUGCAGGAAGGAUUCCUCCUUUGUAUUCCUCUCGUUCAUAUUGUCCCCACUUCCUCCCUGCUGAGGUCAGAGGUCGUGCAGGAAUGAGGACGGAGGUGGUUAAGGGGACGACACAGACUGAUGGUGGACGCUGGGCGUCAGGGCUGUCGGGUGGUAGCAGUGACAGAUCACCUCACUGUAGGUUGUUGGAGCUUCGUCUACUGGAAAGCCCGGCUGCUGCUGCCGGGACGAGGCCCUGGAGGGGGGGAUGUACUCAGACCUGAUGAAAGGUUAAUUUACUCUCAGGUGACGGCUUCACUGCGUCCUACGGAAGAGGAUUAGGGCAACUGAAAAAAAGAAAUUUUGGUUUCUGAUUUUUUUUUUUUCACGCUGAGGCCUUCAGUUUGUCAGGUGCAGCAGCUCACCUGAGUGACUGCACUUAUCUAUCGCCUUAUUGGUCUUCUGACCUUUUUACAUAUCAACAUUCACCCAGAGAUGAUUCUCUCACACUCAGCUGUGCCUUCAGGAGCAUUUUAGACCCGUCCAGUUCGGCAUCAAACCACCGACAGCGUGUUUGCUGAACCUCCGGCCUUAUUCAGGACAAAGUUUGGACCACAGAGUUUUAAAAUCUCAUCCUGCAUUUCAUCCGGCUCACAGGAAGUAGACUGCUCUCAUCGACCUGACAUCAGCUUCCUGUUUCAGACGUCGCUCUCCUCCAGGGUUUGAACGUCUCCAGCGCUACAUUAACCAGCAGCAGCUCUGAUGCUGAUAAAGGUGUCGGCCGUGCGUUAAGGCAGACCUGUUUCUAUCAUAAAGACGUACAUCUAUGUGUUUAAUGUCGGGUUUCCUGUGUUCCCGCUGGGCGCCACUCCCUAAACAAACAACCAAAUUUAUGGAUGCACUUAAAGAAAAGGGAUCGAGAAUACGAGCGUGUUUGAGAAGGAAGGAGAAUAUGUCGGUUGUAGAGUCGACUGUUAGUGUGUCUCAAUCCUCCACCAGGAAUCAGCGUGUGUGUCAGCGUGGUUAUUUUUCCGUUUCCGUGGGAACUCUUUACCUCGUCCGUAUUUCAGGCCGCCGGCCUCGCCUCAAACCACUGUGUCAGUAAAACUCCUUAAAACCUGUUUUUUGUUGUCUCAGCUAAAAAUGCUUUGUGUAAUUCACACGUGACAAAUUUUUGUAUCAAAAGCAUUUUCAUAUAAUAAAGGUUCUAUUUUAAGGAA